AUGGGUUGGCUCGCUCCAGUCGUCAUCCGCGCGAAGAUCCUCAUCCAGACUACGUGGCUUCAGGGAUUGGAUUGGGAUGCCCCACUGCCGACAGCCGACGCUCAUCGUUGGCAGCAACUGUUGGGUGACCUCCAUCUCCUCGACCGCCUGAGAAUACCUCGCUGGCUAGGCACUGGACGUGGAGACUCAUCGCUGCAACUCCAUGGUUUCGCCGAUGCAUCCGAACGAGGGUACGCCGCAGCCGUAUACCUCCGCAUCGCUGAAAAAGAGGGAACGUCAGUGAAGCUGCUAAUGGCCAAGAGCAAGGUGGCACUUGUCAAGCAAGUGACCUUGCCAAGACUCGAGCUUUGCGCCGCCGCCUUACUCACCACGUUGACACAGCAUGUUCAAACCACGCUCGACUUGACAGACACACCAACUCAUCUGUGGUCUGACUCGAAGGUCACGCUUCAGUGGAUCCAAGGACACGCCUUGCGGUGGAAGACCUUCGUUGCCAAUCGGGUGUCCCACAUCCAAACCCUGUUGCCAAAUGCACUCUGGAGACACGUGGCGGGUCAAGACAACCCUGCGGAUUGUGCAUCAAGGGGCGUUACUCCGUCGGAACUUACAAAUCACACAUUAUGGUGGACGGGACCUACCUGGUUGCUGGAGGAAGAGACUGCAUGGCCAAUCGCCGAGGUGAACACCCAGGAGGACGACCUUUCUGAGAGACGAGCCGUUAGCCUACUGACCAAGAGCCUGGUCGUCAUGGAACCUGAGCUCCUUCUUCGCUUCUCGUCGUUGCACCGCUUGUUACGAGUCACAGCAUGGUGUCGUCGCUGGCUUCGCACGGCAGAACCAACUAACACACCUGGACGGCCACUGACCUCGGACGAGUUGGAAGUAGCUCUGUCGCACUGGUUACGAGGAGUACAAGCACUUCACUUCCCUGACGAGGUCACCGCCAUCUCCGCAGGUCGCACUGUUGCAACACGCAGUCCGUUGGCCAAAUUGACUCCAUACAUUGAUGCACAAGGCGUGUUAAGAGUGGGAGGACGUCUGAAGAAUUCACUCUUGCCACAGGACGAGAGACACCCAAUGAUCGUCCCAGCAACCUCAUGGCUGACUCGACUGCUGAUCGAUUCUUGUCAUCGCCGGACCUUGCACGGAGGAGUGCAACUGACUCUGGGAUUGCUUCGACAGCGGUUCUGGGUGCUUCGAGGACGUUCAGCGGUGAAGCAGCGAUUACAUCGCUGUGUCACCUGCACAAGGUGGCGAGCGACAACACCACAACCACCUAUGGGCAAUCUGCCCCACAGCCGGGUCACUCCAACACGGCCAUUCCUCCGCACUGGACUGGACUACGCGGGGCCAAUCCUCAUCCGGACCAGCAAGGGCCGCGGUCACCGGGCCUACAAGGGCUAUAUUGCGGUCUUCAUCUGCUUCUGGUCGAAGGCCAUCCAUCUAGAGCUCGUCUCAGAUUACUCGUCGGAAGCCUUCAUCGCCGCUCUUCGCCGAUUUGUCUCCCGACGGGGUCUCUGCACCGACAUCUUCAGCGACUGCGGCACGACCUUCGUUGGAGCUGACCGCACCCUACGAGAGCUCUUCAUUGCGGCAUCUCCGGAGGGUCGAGGCGUCGCACGCGCAGCUGCCAAGGAGGGUAUCCGCUGGCACUUCAAUCCGCCGGCGGCCCCGCACUUCGGUGGAUUAUGGGAGGCCGCUGUAAAAUCUGCCAAGUAUCACCUGCGGAGGGUGAUAGGCGAAACCACCCUCACCUUCGAGGAAUUAAAUACACUCCUCACUCAAAUUGAAGCAUGUCUCAAUUCUCGACCGUUGCAGGCACUCUCCGACGAUCCAGACGAUGUUUCAGCGCUCACUCCCGGACACUUCCUGAUCGGGGCACCUCUUCUCGCCAUCCCUGAGCCGCUGCAGGAAGACGAACCUGGUUCCUCGAGAUCACGAUGGCAACAUCUACAACAAAUGAGAGAUCACUUCUGGGGGAGGUGGUCGAAGGAGUACAUCCACGGACUCACCUCUCGUUCAAAGUGGCUGAAGAAUGAGACGGCACCCCACAUCGGAGCUCUCUGCCUGGUGCGCUCCGAGAUCUCUCCUCCAAGUCGAUGGCCGCUUGCCCGGAUCACGAAGCUGCAUCACGGAGACGACGGCGUGGUGCGCGUGGUCACCAUCAAGACCGCGUCUUCCGAGCUCAUGCGUCCGCUCGUCAAGAUCGUCCUGCUUCCCGGUGUUGAAGCAGACACGACGAUUACCGAUGCGUGA